AAAAAUCUCAAAAAAACACGUGCCUCUUUCAAAUCAAAGCUUACCAUAUUUAAAUCAUAUUUAGAGCCUCUUUUGUCAUGCCAUACGCUAAAUAAUUUGCAAAAUCAUGAGCUGAAUACCAGAUUCAUUAAAAUCCAAGAUAUGUACAAUGAUUUUGAUUCAGUUCAAACUGACAUAGAAAAUUUGACGGAAAUUCCAGGUGACGAGCACACAGAACGGGAAAAUUUCGAGACAAGCUACUUUGGUGCCUUGGCUGCUGCGCAGGAACUGCUCAGCAGGCACACCGCGGCUGGUGCUGCUUCUGCGGCGCCUGAGGACAAUCUGGUAACGGGUUCCAAUGUCGUUACUGCACUCACAGAACUGCAGGUCCGAAACAAAUGGCGCAGGGAUGGAGGCCAGCUGAAGCUUGGCGAGAUGGUUCUCGUCAAAGACGACCGCUUGCCCCCCAGCAGAUGGCUGCUUGGGCGAGUCACCGCAGUCUACCCGGGCAACGACGGAGUCAGCCGCGUCGCUGACGUCACCACCACCACAGGGACGCUGAGAAGGGCCUACAACAGGCUCUGCCCACUCCCACUGACAUUGGACCAGGAUGGUCCAAGGGGGCCAGCUUGUUAACGCGCCCCACUCGCGGACUCGCUGAUCGGGUCCCCGCCUCCCGCGCUCGCUCCCCGCGGGCCGCCACCGCCGGCCCGUCGCCUCAUCGCGCGCCGGCAUUCAUUCCUCCAGCGCUCUCGACCAGAGCGCGCGCGCACACCGCUAAUCAGUGCUCGCGAUACACGUACCUAUUUUUUAUGUAAUUUAAUCGCUCAGACCAAUAUACGGUUUUAAAGUACAA